AUGGCUGUGCAGAGUGCACCUCGCACGAGCUUGCAACAGAAUGUGUCAAAAGAAAGAAAUUAUAAAUACGUGAAACGGCCACCCCGUAAGGCUUAUGGUCGCCUCAGUGCCGAUUCGGAUGGCGACAGUUCACAGCAAAAGCACAAAAUCGAUGAUCCCUUCGAUGAGUUUGAUAAUUUCAAAAUAAUAACUUCAGGCAGCGGUUGCAGUAACAGAAAUAGCAAUAGCAACAGCAACAACAACGCCAACGGCAACGGCAACGGCAACAUCAACGGUAAUGGCAUCGGUACAUGUCCGCAUGGACAUGCUGAUGCGAGAGAUGGCGGAGGCGGCUGUGCUGGUGGUGGUGGGGAGGUUGACGGAAAAGCUGUUGCUAAUGGUAGCAUGAUUCCAUGUACACUGCCCGAUUGUCAGGGAAAUUUCAUAAAUGGCGGUGUGUGUCAUCUGGACGAUGCGACGGGUUUAUGUACAGCUGUUGGUAUGGGCGUGGGCGUGGGCGUGGGCAGUGGCGCUUCAAAAUCAAAUUCAUCCGCAAUGCAAAGACAAAAAGAAGUCAAUGAGAAUACUAUAAACCGACUGCAGGCGAUGGCAAUGUCAGAUGAUGAUGAUUAUGAUGAAUCUCUGACAUGCAAUGUUUGUGAUAGAGCUUUCCAUUGUCAUAGACAAUUGGCAUCCCAUCAACAGAAAAAGCGGCAUUUUGGCUGCAAUGCCUGCGAUAGUCUCUUUCCAUCGCUAAUGAUACUCGAACACCACAAAGAGGAAUUCGAACACUGGAGUGAUGAUGAGGUCAGUCGACGUGCAUGUUGUCGUCGAAAUCGGGGUGAUGAUUACUUUACCGACACAGAUUCCUUUACCAGCGAAGCCGAAAGUGAAGAUCUGGAGAGGCUAUUGUAA